AUGCUGCCUUGCGCUUACUUCAUGGGAUCUGUUCAAAACCAGAAGGAUGAGUGUCGCCUCGUUCCAAAUCGGAAUGCAUCCAGCAUCGAUUUAGCCGAUAUAGGUGUGGAAAUGUCAAAUGUAGAAAUAUGGUCAUGGAGAUGGACUUUUCAGAUGGAUAUCUUUUUCGAAGAGCAUUUGCACCGGGAUCCAGAAAUUCGCUUCAUAAAGUCUGGUAGCGGCUACUUUGAUGUUCGCAGUAAAAAUGAUGAAUGGAUUCGAAUUCCUGUGAAGCGUGGCGAUUUUGUCUACCUACCAUCUGGGAUUUAUCAUCGAUUUACUACUGACUGGGACGUAAGUCUCACAAGAUUUCUCAUAUCCCUUCCCUUGUCUCUUCCCAAUCUCUAUACUGUUGUUUACCUCUUUCAAUUCACUGUUAAUUAUCUCUCACUCCAUUUCCGUACUUGUAGUUUUUAA